AUGCUCGUUCUCAUCGCUGGAAUUACAGGCAGUUUAGGCCACCGUCUGGCGGCUGUUGCGAAGGCGCGUGGCCUGUCCGUCCGAGGUCUAGGGCGCGACCCCGCGAAACUCAGCCCCGAACUCUUCAACGACCUCGAAUCGUUCGUUACGAGCCAGAACUACUACGACAUUCCGGCGCUGGACAAAGCAGUUGCCGGGGUUGACGCCAUCAUCUGCGCCUACACGCCCUCGCCAAUCCUCGACCUCGAUGCGAACCUCUUGCUUCUGCGUGCCGCCGAGCGCGCCAAUGUCAAGAUUUUCAUCGCAUCUUCCUGGAACAACGAUUGGACCAAGAUCAAAUUCGGGGAAUUCGAGCACUACGACCCGCACAUUGCCUUCGAACAGCAAGCCGCCAUGACGAGCACCGUCAAGCCCGUGUACAUCUUUACCGGGGUUUUCGCUGAUUUACUGUUUACCGACUACGGACCUGGGGGAUUCGGCACGUCUGGGGAUAUUCCCGUCAUGAAGUACUGGGGAGACGGCAACAAACAGCAGUAUUCAUGGACGCACCAGGACGACGCUGCAGCCUGGACCAUCGAGAUACUUAUCAACGGUGAUGGCGUCCAGGAAGGCAAUGGUGGGUUCUUCAGGAUGCGAUCUGGAGAACACACCAUUGAAGAGCUGGCUUUGAUAUAUGAAGAGACAACGGGGACCUAUGUUGAGGGUCUGUGGAAAAUGAACGAUGUGGUAGCUUUGGAACAUGUCCACAAGCCCACUUCCCUGGAACAGCAUUUGAAGGAACAAAUUGGUCGCUCAUAG